AUGAGUUAUACUCGAUAUAUUCACUCAGCAUCCGUGUUAACAAAUGGAAAAGUAUUGGUUGUUGGGGAAUAUUCUUCAUCUCUUGGUGCCUUAAAUACUGCUGAGUUGUAUGAUCCAUCAGCAGGCGUGUGGACACUUACCGGAAGUACAAGUUACACUCGAUAUUUUCACACAGCGUCUAUGUUAGCAAGCAGAAAGGUAUUGAUCGCAGGUGGAUAUUCUACCAGUAAUAGUUAUUUAAGUAGUGCUGAGUUGUAUGAUCCAUCAACAGGUCUGUGGACAGUUACUGGGAGUAUGAGUUAUACUCGAUAUUUUCACACAGCAUCUGUGUUAACUAGUGGCAAAAUAUUAGUUGCUGCUGGAUAUGAUGUCACUAGUGGUAUUCUAAAUAGUGCUGAAUUGUAUAAUUCAUCCACAUGUGCGUGGACAAUCACUGCUAGUUUGAGUUAUGGUCGACAUGCUCACACUGCAUGUGUGCUAACGAAUGGAAAAGUAUUAGUUGCAGGUGGAGUCGGAAUUAGCUCUUCGGAGCUGUAUCAAUCAUAA